GCUGCGCGCCCUAAAAUCUCGAAGAGCCCCGUGACUGUGUGUGUAAGUUUUCACUCCGCCCACUUUCCGGUAUCCACUGCAAACUCCACCGGCCGCCUCCGUCAGUCGAUCCGUCGAGAAGACGAAGAGAGGACGACGAUGCUUCCCGGUGCAGCAGGUGGGGUGGUGAAGGACCUGCGCGCGGCGGCGCGGGCCAACAUCGUGCUCGGCUUGGCGAUGGCCGCCAUGGCCCUCGUCGCCGCCACCACCAACCCCAGCGACUUCCACGCCCAGGCACAGAUCAUCGAGCACGCGUCGCCGGCGCAGGCGCCGGCGCCCGGGGCGCUGCAAUGCGCGGUGACGGAGGCGGAGGUGCUGAACCUGCGCGCGACGGCGCUGCUGCUGGUGCUCACGGGGGUGGGGCAGGCGUUUCUUGCUUUUGCUGCCGACGUCGCCCUGGCGGGGUCGCUCCGCGAUCUGGGCGGGUUCGUCACCUUCACGGCGUACCUCAUCGGCGCCGUGAACGCCUUCUUCCUCUGCAACGUCGUCAGCCAGGUGGUGGUCGUCGCCAUCGGACACUGCGCCGUCCUCCUCGCCGUUGGCUACGCUUUCGUCGCCGGGACCUAUGCAACGCUGCUCGGAGUCAGCAUCGCCGUCACACUCUGCUGAUCGCACUACACUCACCCUCUCUACCUUAUUAGCUUUGUUAGCUUGCUGCGUCCUCGCCGUCACAUUCUGCCGACUGAUCCCCUCUAGCUUAGCUCGCUGCAUCUAUCUUCUUCUACCUAGCUACUAGCACUAGCACUAGCUGUUACGUGUGGAUCAAUGGAUCUUAGGAAAGAUCGAUCUGGCUAUCUAUUUGUUUUGUCUGAAA